AUGGCUAGGGGCGGCAACUUUUCGUCCAAUUCGGGAGAUGGUGUCGACCCACCAGGGGCCCGGACGUGUACCUGGAAGAUAACUAUUCCGGGGGACGGAACUUCGACGACGGGGCCCUCUAUCAUUCAACUGUCUUUCUGGAGCGAGAUCAUGCUCGCCUGUGGGAAGGACUCGUUGGCGAUCUACGAUGGACCAGACACAACCUCAACACUGCUUGCCAAUCUUUGCGGGAACUAUUGGCUGAACAACCCCCCUUUAUUGUACUCGUCUGGUUCUCAAUUAACUGUCGUCUUUACAAAGUCGGCCGACUCACCAUCAGCGAUCGGUUUCACUGGCUCCUGGUCAACCGUGUCGCCCUGCGACAUCUGUCUGACCUCUGGCAAAGGCACCUGCAAAGCUGGUACCUGUGCCUGUAAUCCAAAGUACACUGGGUCCGUCUGCCAGAAAGAAACGACAGGGUUCGAGAUGUUUACUCCACGCUCGCAACAUUCGAUGGCGUACGACUCUGCUAAGGAUAUGGUCUACAUCACUGGAGGGACCAACAGCCGUACUCAAUUCUGGGACCUGCUCACGUUUAGUUUCGGUAUGUAG